CGCACUGCGCCUAGGGAUGAAGAUGCAAUCCAGGAUCUUUUUGCCGCCGCCGCCGCCAUAUGAGAAUGUGUCUCGAGCUCCGUGGAGCUCGGCUUUCAUCUUUCUUCUACAUUUAUUGAAGACGGCCGGUCUGAUCAUUUCAAUUCUCCCUCUUAAUUUUGGCUCAUUUCCCUACUCUAUAUGUUCAUUCAUGUCCAUACAAAACUGGAAAACCCUAGCUGCUUGCUUGAUCAAAUUUAAGUGUUUCUGCACCUCAAUCGUUUACAAUGCGAGUGGUUUUCUGAAGCAGAAGUGUAGAGUAUUCUGGGAUUUUGAUGGGCAAAAUAAUGAUAAUGAAAGAAGGGCAUCCCUUUGCAAAGAGGCAAGUUCGGCCUAAGAUUGACCUAGCUGAUAUAGUGCUCUCAUGGUCCCUUGAAGACAUUUUCAAUGAAAAUCUCUAUAAACACCAGGUUGAAAAGAUUCCGGAUGCAUUCCGCUCAUGGGACCACUAUCUUUGUUCUUAUACAUUUCCUUUAUUUGAAGAAACACGGGCAAAUAUCCGUUCUUCUAUGGAGGUGUUGAACAAAGCUCCACUUGGUGAAGGUGAAGUGAUCAUCUCCUUUGAAGGGGUGGAUGGAACUGGGAAAGUUAUUUAUUGUGUUGUCAAGGAUGUGUUUUGGAAGAGAAGAGUUAGUGGUGACGGAGAGCAUUACAAAACAUUGCCUGGAGACAUAGUAGUGAUCUCAGAUAAGAAACUUGAAAUGGUUUCUGAUUUGAAUCGUGCGGCAUGUAAUUGGACAUUGGCUUCAGUCGUCACGGCCUGUGAAGUCAAUUCUUCAACACUUCUGAAAUUGAAAAUGCCUAGAGAUAUUGGAACCAGAGAUGGAGUUGAUAAAAAGCUGCAUAUUGUUUUCUUAGAAAAUCUUACAACAAGUGAAAGGAUUUGGGAUGCAUUGGGAAUGGACAAGAAUUUGAACUGUUUUGGAACCAUUUUGUACGAGAGUGCUGGGGUUGAUGAUGUUGCUGAGAAGCAAUGUUGUGCAUGCACUCAGCCUGCUGGCAUAGGAUCAUCAACUCAAGGGAUAGAAGCAAGCUUGUUGUCCAGGCUGAAUGAGUCACAAUCCAAUGCAGUACUUGUCUUGAAAGGGUGAAAUGCGACCAAAUGUCCCAUGUUGAUCUUAUAUGGGGCCCUCCUGGUACCGGGAAGACAAGUACUAUUAGCACACUGCUAUUUAUGCUGAUGAAAAGAAACUGCCGAACACUUAUCUGUGCACCGACUAAUGUGGCAAUAACACAAGUGGCCUCUAGGGUGAUAAGGCUGGUACACGAGUCUUAUAAAGAUGAGUCUUUUAAGAAAAAUAUGGUAUGUCCACUGGGUGAUGUGUUCUUGUUUGCAAAGAAUGAUAGAUUACAGCUGGACAGAGGCUUUGAUGAGAUAUGUCUGGAUCGCCGCAUUGACAGUCUUGUUGAGUGUUUGGGGUGCGAUAGGGGAUGGAGACACUUCAUUCAUUCCACAAUUUAUUUUUUCAAACAUUCUGUUUCUGACUAUGAAACGUAUCGGAAAACUGAAUUAAUCCAAAGGAGUGAUAGUGCCAAACCUAUAAUGUCCUUUGCUGAAUUUAUUAAAUCUAGGUUUGAGGUUGCAGUACCACCAGUCAGAAGAUGCAUGAUAACAAUGUGCAAUCAUAUACCAAGGCAUUUCAUUCAAGAACACAAUUUCCAAAAUAUGAUCUCUCUGAUUUCCCUUCUGGAUGAUCUAAAAGAAACUUUAUAUCAGAAGCAUAUGACAUCUAAUGAAGAACUGAAGAAAAUUUUUUCACAACCAGUAACCUCUGAAGUCUCCUGCCAAUCAUUUCUAGACACGUCUUCAUUGGUCUACUUGAGAACCCAAUGCCUCACCAUUCUGAAAACUCUUCUGCGUUCUUUUAGAAAAAUUAAUCUUCCCAGUGGAUUAAAUAGAGCAGCUAUUAAGAAGUUCUGUUUAAGGUGUUCAUCUUUGGUUUUCUGCACCUCGUCAAGUUCUUAUAAGAUGCAUUCACUCUAUACUAAACCAUUUAAAGUAUUGGUCAUUGAUGAAGCUGCUCAGUUGAUGGAAUGUGAAUCAAUCAUACCACUUCAACUUCGAGGUCUGAAACAUGCAAUUCUUGUAGGCGAUGAACACCAAUUACCGGCGACUGUCCAAAGCAAAGUAUCCGGUGAAGCUGGUUUUGGAAGAAGCUUGUUUGAAAGGCUAAGUUCAUUGGGUCACUCAAAGCUCAUGCUUAAAGUGCAAUACCGAAUGCAUCCAGCAAUAAGCCACUUCCCAAAUUUGAGUUUUUAUAGUAACCAAGUCAUGGACGCUCCAAAUGUGAUAAAUAAAACCCACGAGAUAGAAUACCUUCCCGGAAAAAUGUUUGGUCCAUAUUCUUUUAUAAGUCUCCCCAAUGGAAACGAAGAAUUGGAUAGUUUUGGCGGGAGUAGAAGAAAUUUGGCUGAGGUGGAUCUAGUAAUUAAGAUUGUGCAGAACUUGUUUGAAUCUUGGCAUAACGAAAAGAAAAAUAAAGAGAAAACUACGGGAAAUACACUUAGCAUCGGUAUUAUAUCUCCCUAUACUGCUCAAGUUAUUGCCAUCAAAGAUAAGAUUGGCAGAAAGUAUGACAACCUUAAUGGCUUUGCAAUUAAGGUGAAGUCUAUUGAUGGCUUCCAAGGUGGGGAAGAGGAUAUAAUAAUAUUAUCAACAAUGAGAUCUAAUCCUGAUGGCACUGUCGGUUUUAUGUCUAGUUUCCAAAGAACUAAUGUUGCUCUGACCAGAGCCCGGCACUGUUUAUGGAUAUUGGGAAAUGAAAAGACCCUUACGGGUAGCCAUUCAAUUUGGGAAGGAUUAGUUCUAGACGCGAGGAAACGCCAAUGCUUCUUCUCUGCUGCCGAAGUUGAUGACUUGUGUAAUGCAGAUUGUAUCCUUGUCAAAAAUCAAGGGAAGAAGAAUACAAAUUCUGGAGGAGGUAAUAGCUCUUUCCGAGGAGAAGCAAGACGAAUUAGACAGAUCCCAAUCUGAUCCACUAACCGAUAUGCCCCUUACCCAACUGCAAAGGCACACGACUCAGCUCGGAAUUGGACUCAAGAUAUGUUUGAGAUAGAAACGGGCACGAAGCUAUAUGUCUCCAAUCUAGGCAAUGGGGUCUCAGAAGAAGAUAUUAAUAUACUUUUUUCAGAAUUUGGUGAUAUGAAAUGGUAUGCAAUGCAUUACGACAAGAAUGGUGGAGGAUCAAAGGAAACAGCAGAAGUUGUAUACUGUCGCAGACAAGAUGCUUUGGCGGCUUUCGAAAGGUAUAACAAUGCAAAGCUUGAUGGAAAGCCAGUGAAGAUAGAGAUUGCCGGCACAAAUGCAGCGACUGGAAAUUCCAAUAGUCCUUCGGAGGCGGGAAGGAAGGAGACGGCGGGGGCGUGGGAGAGGAAGAAGAGACAGUGGUGGUGGAAAAGUGGUUUCUGCCAUAGAGCUUGAUGCUGAUCUAGACAAGUACCAUUCAGAAGCAAUGCAGACAGAUUGAUGUUGUGGAUUCAUUUGAGGGUAUUCUUGACAUUUCUUACACCCAGGACAAAUUAGUUUCCCUCUUUUUUGGUAAAGUUUAUGUUUAUGCCUCUCAAACUUGGCUUUUGCUGCAUUUGGAGUGUUAAUUUUUAAAGCUUACAUUGUGCAUGUAUUGAGUCAACGCCCAUGAGCAUUAUUAAGGGGUGUAUUC